UUGUUUGAAAUGAAUAAAUAUCCCAUCGGUUUCUGUUUCUUACAGUUUCCAAAAUGGACAAGCUCUUAUCCCUCCUUGUUUUUUCAACACUGUCGCAGCUUGUAGUACCCGAUGUUCCCAAUGAGACAUCUUUGAGAGCCAAUAUUGAGAUGGUGUCAGAACACUCAAGCAUCUUCUCGGGGGAGAGGGCCCGCCUGAGAUGCAGUGUUACCGAUCAGUACAGGACUACCUGGAGUUACCUGUGGUUCAGGGGGUCUGAGGAGCUCUCACAGACAGGCGAGGAGUUAAGCCUGUGGAACGCUAAAAUUCAAGACAGCGGGAAAUACUACUGCCAAGGAAUAAGAGCAACAAAGAUUGGAAAAAUGCACACCAUUCAAAGUCUCCCUGUGGAGAUCAGCGUGAACGGUGGGUGGGCUAUUCUGCAAGUCCCACAGCGUCCUGUACUCGUUGGAGACACCUUGAAGAUGACAUGUCGUGUCAGAGGCAACCCACCACUUCAGGAGGUUAUUUUGUACAAAGAUGGCGUUGAAGUAAUGAGACAAAAUGGCCUCAAGCCAGAUAUCUAUAUGACCAAUGUGAGACUCGAGGACCAAGGAAUGUAUUCUUGUAGGGCUUCGUGGGAUGUGAGGAGACUUACACACUCUGUCAUUUCUGGUGGCGCUCAUGUGCAGAUCUUAGAGGUUCUGUCACAGCCAGUUUUGGAGAUCAGUCCCAGCAGUGAUAUUAUGCUAAACAGGAUGAAGCUCACCUGCCACGUCCAGUACAACGCCCCCGCUCCCGCCCCUCCGAUAAACUACUAUUUCUACAGAAAUAACAAGCGACUGGGACCUGCAACCUCAAACAACUAUGAUCUGGUGAUACAGACUCCAGGGCUGUACAGCUGCAAGGCCAGGGUGCCUGAGUUGGUCCUCUCAAAGUGGAGUGAGCCCAAACCCUUUGGACGAAUAAGAGAACCUCAGACGGCGCCUCCUCCACAUCCUCAUCCCAGAAGCCAAAGGCCAGUACUUCACACCGUGUCCUCUCUAGACAGUUCCCUACCUCCUGCAACUUUACCAACAGCAACCAAGCCCUCCUUAGACCAGCCCAACCAGUUCACUCCAGAGAAGAGCGCACCAACACAAGGCCCUCUGCUGAUGACUUCACAAGCAGUGCCUUCCACUUUUCUGACUACAGUACAGUUUUUUAACCUAACUACUACCCCAGGUCUUGCCAAUACAUUCCAGCAACCUGAUAAUAUGUCUGAAGAAUCUGGUGACAUACCUGCAGACCCUCAGUGACAAGUUAGUAUACAUUAUAAACCAUAUUUUUUUACCAUAUCUUUAUAUUAAUCAUACUGGGUCAUUAUCAUAGUUAUGUAUUAAACUGUGUAAUACCGUACUCAUCCUUCGCAUUAUCAAACAUCAGUGUCAUCUGUUUGGAAAUAUCUAACACCAUACUAAAACCAAUAAAGCAUUUCACAAAUGA